AUGUAUCAGUGCCCGCUGGCACCAGUCACCAACACUCACUGUCAGGCACCAGUCACCAACACUCUCACUGUCAGGCACCAGUCACCAACACAUUCCCGGUCAGGCACCAGUCACCAACACAUUCCCGGUCAGGCACCAGUCACCAACACCCUCACUGUCAGGCACAAGUCACCAACACUCGCACUGUCAGGCACCAGUCACCAACACUCUCACUGUCAGGCACCAGUCACCAACACUCUCACUGUCAGGCACCAGUCACCAACACUCUCACUGUCAGGCACCAGUCACCAACACACUCACUGUCAGGCACCAGUCACCAACACUCGCACUGUCAGGCACCAGUCACCAACACUCGCACUGUCAGGCACCAGUCACCAACACUCGCACUGUCAGGCACCAGUCACCAACACUCUCACUGUCAGGCACCAGUCACCAACACUCGCACUGUCAGGCACCAGUCACCAACACUCUCACUGUCAGGCACCAGUCACCAACACUCUCACUGUCAGGCACCAGUCACCAACACUCUCACUGUCAGGCACCAGUCACCAGCACUCUCACUGUCAGGCACCAGUCACCAACACUCUCACUGUCAGGCACAAGUCACCAACACAUUCUCUGUCAGGCACAAGUCACCAACACUCUCACUGUCAGGCACAAGUCACCAACACUCUCACUGUCAGGCACAAGUCACCAACACACUCACUGUCAGGCACCAGUCACCAACACUCUCACUGUCAGGCACCAGUCACCAACACUCUCACUGUCAGGCACAAGUCACCAACACAUUCUCUGUCAGGCACAAGUCACCAACACUCUCACUGUCAGGCACAAGUCACCAACACUCUCACUGUCAGGCACAAGUCACCAACACUCUCACUGUCAGGCACAAGUCACCAACACUCUCACUGUCAGGCACCAGUCACCAACACUCUCACUGUCAGGCACCAGUCACCAACACUCUCACUGUCAGGCACCAGUCACCAACACUCUCACUGUCAGGCACCAGUCACCAACACUCUCACUGUCAGGCACAAGUCACCAACACCCUCACUGUCAGGCACAAGUCACCAACACCCUCACUGUCAGGCACCAGUCACCAACACUCUCACUGUCAGGCACCAGUCACCAACACUCUCACUGUCAGGCACCAGUCACCAACACUCUCACUGUCAGGCACCAGUCACCAACACACUCACUGUCAGGCACCAGUCACCAACACACUCACUGUCAGGCACCAGUCACCAACACACUCACUGUCAGGCACCAGUCACCAACACUCACUGUCAGGCACCAGUCACCAACACUCUCACUGUCAGGCACCAGUCACCAACACUCUCACUGUCAGGCACCAGUCACCAACACUCUCACUGUCAGGCACAAGUCACCAACACUCUCACUGUCAGGCACCAGUCACCAACACUCUCACUGUCAGGCACCAGUCACCAACACUCUCACUGUCAGGCACCAGUCACCAACACCCUCACUGUCAGGCACCAGUCACCAACACCCUCACUGUCAGGCACCAGUCACCAACACACUCACUGUCAGGCACCAGUCACCAACACACUCACUGUCAGGCACCAGUCACCAACACCCUCACUGUCAGGCACCAGUCACCAACACCCUCACUGUCAGGCACCAGUCACCAACACCCUCACUGUCAGGCACCAGUCACCAACACCCUCACUGUCAGGCACCAGUCACCAACACCCUCACUGUCAGGCACCAGUCACCAACACCCUCACUGUCAGGCACCAGUCACCAACACCCUCACUGUCAGGCACCAGUCACCAACACUCACUGUCAGGCACCAGUCACCAACACUCUCACUGUCAGGCACCAGUCACCAACACCCUCACUGUCAGGCACCAGUCACCAACACCCUCACUGUCAGGCACCAGUCACCAACACUCUCACUGUCAGGCACCAGUCACCAACACUCACUGUCAGGCACCAGUCACCAACACACUCACUGUCAGGCACCAGUCACCAACACACUCACUGUCAGGCACCAGUCACCAACACUCUCACUGUCAGGCACCAGUCACCAACACACUCACUGUCAGGCACCAGUCACCAACACUCUCACUGUCAGGCACCAGUCACCAACACUCUCACUGUCAGGCACCAGUCACCAACACUCUCACUGUCAGGCACCAGUCACCAACACCCUCACUGUCAGGCACAUUUUAA